UGCUACAUGCUACGUGUACAGUUUUACUGUUAGCUAUGUUAGCAGCUAACUGUUAGCUAUGCAAUGCUAACAGGACCAACCGGUUGCAAAAUAUGGAUUAUUACUGAAUAAAUUUGACUCUUAAUGAAGCAAAUGUUGACAGGCCGUGGAAGAAGAGUGGCGGGAGGGUUUGUGUGGAGUUAGCUUCGUGUCAAUCACACAAGAGAAGAAGAAGAAGAAGAAGAAGAAGAGGAUGAAAGAAUAAUCUGAGAGAAACUUCUGUUUUUGAGAAGUUUGAGCCUCUGUUGUUGUAUUUUGUAAUCAAACUGGACAGAAGUGAUGUUUUAAAGAUGAUGUACUCAUCCAGAAGAAAACCCGUCCUCUACUUCAAAGAGGAGAGAAGGUUCCUCUCUGGUAGAUGUACGAUCUACAAGCUGUUCGGUCUGUGCAUGGUGCUGCUGCUCGUCUCUCUGCUGUGGCUUCAGCUCAGCUGUUCCGGUGAGAUGUCCACCCCCCUGCACGGAGACCGACGCCCCCCCCAACAACAACAACAGCAGCAGCAGCAGCCGCCCUGCCCCCCCGCCGUCGAUCAGGCGUCUUUAGCGGACGACCCGUCCUGGGGUCCUCACAGACUGGCCCUCAUCAUCCCCUUCAGGGAACGAUUCGACGAGCUGAUGGUGUUUGUUCCCUUUAUGCACACGUUCCUCAACAAGAAGAAGAUCAGACACAAGAUCAUCGUCAUCAACCAGGUGGAUCACUACAGGUUUAACCGGGCAUCCCUGAUCAACGUGGGCUACCUGGAGAGCGGUAACGACACGGACUACCUGGCGAUGCACGACGUGGACCUGCUGCCCCUGAACGAGGCGCUGGACUACGGGUUCCCCAUGGAGGGUCCGUUCCACGUGGCCUCGCCCGAGCUGCAUCCGCUGUACCACUACAAGACCUACGUGGGGGGGAUCCUGCUGCUCACCAAGAAGCACUACCACGCGUGUAACGGGAUGUCGAACCGGUUCUGGGGUUGGGGCCGAGAGGACGACGAGUUCUACAGAAGACUGAGGAAAGCUGAGUUACAGCUCUUCAGACCGAGUGGAAUCACGACAGGAUAUAAAACCUUCCUCCACAUCCACGACUCGGCCUGGAGGAAGAGAGACCAGAAGAGGGUCGCCGCCCAGAAACAGGAGCAGUUUAAGGUGGACCAGGAGGGGGGUCUGACUAACCUCCGUUACCAGGUGGAGUCCAGACAGGAAGUGACCAUCAGCGGGGCUCCGUGCACCGUCAUCAACACCAAGCUGGAGUGUGACCAGGACCACACGCCCUGGUGUCUGCUGGCGUAGAGGACGUACACACACACCCCCCCACCCCCCCAACAGGUUUCAGGUCUGGAGUCGUGUUCGCUCACCUGGAGGCUUUGAUCCGUUUAACGCUGGUCGUGUUUCUACAAACCAAAUGAGGCUGUGAAAACAAACAAAUGGUACGAACAUUGAAUGAUUUACUCCAGGACACACAGUGGAGCUCGAUAUCCUCACCGUCGGGUACAUCUCAACUAUUUAAACUGCUGCUUUGUCUUUUUAAAGCCAGCUGAAGAUUUUUCGGUGGAUUAAAAACCUCCCGAUGAGAAGACUGAACCAAGAUUAACUCAAACACACGAGCUUGGCUGUUUUAACGCAUUUAUUUUGGCGGGGCACUUUGGUUCCUGCUGGCGUUGUUGUUGUUUUUAACUGUGAUUGUGCAGAAGGAGCCGAGAUGUUCAGAUACGUCUCAGAGGGUUCGUGUUCUCUGUUCUGAUCCACGUUGGAGAAGAAGUGACGACUAACGGAGGAAGAAUCUCAACACUGUUCAUUUCCUGCUGUUCACAUGAGGCUCUACGUUUACUCUGACAAAGAAAGAAACAAGUUCAUGUUUUGUGUUUUUUUUGCAGAACGUGUCUCUUGAACUGAUCACAACAGAAAUAAAUAAGAGACUUUUUCUCAUAAUUAAUGAGAAAUCUGGAUUUUCUUAACUACGACCAAACGUCCCCAAAUGUGUUUCCUGUUCUCUUCAAAGUAAACUGAGCUGAACUGAAGACACAAUUAUUUAUAUAUUUCAAUCCAACAUCACCUCGAGAAGGAGCUGAAGCUUCACUCGUAGAGCGACGGCCUGCAGGAUUAAUCAUCAUCAUCAUCAUCCUCAUUAUGGGUUCAUCAAUCAGAUGAUUUCAUUGAUCAGAGGUUAGAGAGACGGCAGAGAUGUUCAUACGUGUGUUUGUAUGAAGUUCUUCUCCAGCCAGAGGAGCAAAGUGAUGUUCUGCUGCGGUCGGAGUUUAAAUGAACGCUUUGUUUAGAACGUCUUCACCUCUUUACUCUGCUGUCAGACGGACCUUUGAUUCAUCCAUCGUCUCUUUGAACACACCAGACUCCAUCACUCCAUUCACAGAUAACUGCUGUCAGAGAAGUGUCGUCUCCAUUUGACCAACAGAUCAUUUCCUGCUUUCACUGUAAGAGAGGGUUUAAGAGAAGCAAGGUGAUGAUGAUGACGAUGAUGACGUGAUGAUGAUGAUGGUGAUGAUGAUGGUGGUGAUGAUGGUGAUGAUGAUGAUGAUGAUGAUGACGACUGUCCUACAUUUGUAUUGGUCGACGCGCUGAGUGACCUCAGACAGAAACCAGAUGAGAUUCGAUGUAUUUAUUUGGGAGAAAUAUUAUUUUAAUGUAUUUUUGUUACAUUAUUUGCUUAAAAACGUUUAUUUUUGUUUUAUUUUCUUUUUAUAAUUGAACUGAUCUCGAAACCACGAGAUUCAUACUUUAUUCUCUCAUUUCAGCACGAUUUCUGUUGAACUCUCAAGACAUAAUAAUUUAGAUUAAUAUCAUUAAAUUCUGUCAAAUUAAAUCUGAAAAUAUAAAAGCUAAAGUCUGGAGUUUAAAGUACGUUUGUCAUAACUCUUUAAAAUGUUAUUAUUAUUAUUUCAAAUGAACGUCCUUAUCUGCUCACUUCCUGUUGAGUAGAGAGUUAAAAGUCACUUCUUUCAUAAUUGUGUUUUGAUGAGCGAUAUUUCUCUUGUGAAUUUAAAUAUUGCAGAAAUUUCCAUCCUGAGGAAAAGCUGCAACGUGUUUUAUAUAAUUUAUCAGUAUUUUUACCUUUUUAAAAUGCAGAAUUUGUCUCGUUUAACGACACAAAACAGCAUCAGAGUCACUGAAAAGUCCCUUUGAGUUCCUCUGGACCUGUGACCCUGCAGAGGUCCUGGUUCAGUCUCUUGUCUUUAGUUUUUAUAUUCAGAGGUCGGCUGACUGUUGUGUGCCGGUUGGCCUCCGGAGGGCGCUCUGAGGUUCCACGUGAUGUCAUAGUUGUAUGUUACAGAGACAAGCGGUACCAUGUAUUUGUACAAUAUUAAGUAUUUAUAAAAACCUGAGUUUACAAAACAAAUACAAAAGGCUCGUUUGCUUCUUGUUCUAUUUCCUGUGCUGGAUCGUAUUUAAAGCUGCGGAGCGGAGCGUGUGUCUCCCCCUCUGGCAGAGAGAGGAAUUACACAAACAUCCUCCUGCAGAGCCCCAGAGGUUUAAACUGCCUCUGCAGGAGGAUACAAACAAACAAUGGAUUCUUCAUAUCAAACAUUUGGGUCCACAAGUGUUACCAAUUUUUAAAAACAUGGAGGCUCCACGUGUUUAUAUAUUAAACUAUUCACAUGUUUCAGCCUCUCCUUUCCUCUCUCCUCUAUCCUCUCCCCUCUCCUCUCUCCUCUCCUCUCCCCUCUCCUCUGUUUCCGUUUCCGGUUGCGUGUGAGUGGUGGACGUGAGAGUGGCGCGCAGGUUUGAUUGUACUUUCACUGCUUUGGGUUUUGUUCCUCUGUUCUUCUGUCUCUGCGCAUGAUCAGGUAAGAUACUAAGCAGUGUAUUUAUCGGUAGAACGUGUGAUUAGUGGUGUUUGGCGUUGUUCGGGAGGAUGGCGUCCUCCGAGACGCCACGCCCGUCAAUCCGGCAGGAGUCCGGGUAGUUCCACCGGAUAGCAGCGUGUCAGUAGAGGAGGUGCUGCUGGCUGUGGAGAGCAGGUGGGACAUGACAAACUCUCCUUUGCAUCUCGCAUGAAUAAAGCUGUGGUUGUGUUCGUGGCGAGCGAGGCUUAUGUCCACAAGCUGAUAGAGAGCGGCGUGUUCAUCAGGGACAGCUUCGUGCAGGUCUCUCCGCUCUCAGUGCCCUCUACGCGGAUCACCGUGUCCGGUGUUCCGCCGUUUAUACCGAACGAGCUGUUAGAAAAUGAGCUGCGCAGGUUUGGAAAGUUUGCCAGCGGAUUUAAAACAGUCAGUUUGGGGUGUAAGGAUCCCAAACUGAAGCACGUGCUGUCUCUUAGGCGGCAGGUCUUCAUGUUCCUGGAGUCACCUACACAAACACUGGAGGUGUCCUUCAGGGUUAAACACGGGGAGGGUUCAUACAUGGUGUACGCUAGCUCGGGACAGAUCAAAUGCUUUGAGUGUGGAGAUGUAGGACACAAACGAUUCACGUGUCCGCACAAGCGGCAGAGAGGCGCGGAGGCGGAGCCGGCUGCGGAGCCUGCGGCUGCGGCCGCGGUCGCGCCGGCGGCGGCUGUUGCCGGUGCGGUCGGCGGCGUUUCUUCGUCUUCUGCUGAUAACAAUAAUGUCGAUAAGGAGGAUCAGGGCCAGUCUUACAACCAGCAGGCUUCUGUGGUGGCGCAGAACCUCACUACAUCUGGUACCGAAGCACCACCACAGUCGGUAGAAGUCUGUGAAGAGGCAGCUACAGGUUCAGCAGGUGGAGAUCUCACCAUAGCCUUAGAUGAAGCACAGAGUGUAGGGUCUGUGUCCAACAGCCAGCUGUCUUGUGAAGGAGAGGACAUGGAGUAUGAGAGUGAAUCAGAUGUUGCAUUUAAUUCUGAAACGUGCAUUAAAAGCACUGAUCUGUAUUCACUAGAGGAAAUAAACUCUUUUUUGGAUGUAACUUACAAUAGAUCUGCAAAAGUGAGUGAUUAUUUCCCUGACAUUGAGAAGUUCAUACGAUCUGUUGGGGUGGUGCAGAGAAAGGUGGGUUUGGACCUUCUAGAUGGAAAAAAGCGCUUCCGCCUAAAGAAACACAUCACAACCUUGAGGAAAGUAAGGAAAAGUGGAAGAGUUCAGAAAACUAAGACAGUUUAACAUGAUCAUGUGUCACACGGGGGUUUCCACUUUCCACUGCUUACUUAUCUUGUCUUACCUCCUUCCAUCCUCUGACCUUUCUAUGCAGAGCUUCAAUUUAGGGUCUUUAAACAUCAAUGGUGGGCGGGACGGGCAUAAAAGAGCAUUAAUACAGGAGGUUGUAAAUCAAAAAAUGUUGGACAUCCUCUUUUUGCAAGAAACUCACACCAUUCCAACAGAUGAAGUAGACUGGGGUUUAUGGUGGGAGGGCUCAUGCACCCUGAGCCACGGCACCAAUCUUAGUGCCGGGGUAACCGUGCUGUUUAGAACAGCAGCUAACGCAACCGUCCUGUCUGUCACUGAGGUGGUGAAGGGUCGUUUGCUGAUGGUGAGGGCAGAGAUAGAGAGCUCGCUUUACUGCUUCGUGAACAUAUAUGCACCGAAUCAGGGGCCAGAAAGAGCACGCUUCUUCACUACGCUGCAAAACGAACUGCAGAGCUGCCAUCAGGAGCAACUGAUCAUCGGAGGGGAUUUUAACUGUACUCUAGACUUCACCAUAGACCGGAACAGUGAGGAACCACACCCACAGUCAGCUCAGAGUCUCCACAACGUCAUCACACACUUAGAUCUGUUGGACACGUGGAGAAUAAAACACCCAUUAGACAGACAGUACACAUGAGUUAGAGUCAGCAACGACAGGAUCAGUGCAGCCAGGCUGGACAGAAUUUACAUCUCUCGCAGUCUCAGUUCCAGACUGAAGAACAGCACAAUCAGUCCAGUUGGGUUCACCGAUCACCACCUCGUCAGUUUAGGUUUGAUAACCUCACCAGGUGAAAGGGUUAGCUCCUACUGGCAUUUUAAUAAUAAACUUCUACAGGACAGCACUUUUUGUCAGAGCUUUGGGGUUCUUUGGCAGCAGUGGAAAACUGAAAAAGUUCGUUUCAGUUCUCUGAAACAGUGGUGGGAGGUCGGAAAAGCGCAGAUCCGUGUGUUCUGCCAGCAGUACACCUCAAACGCCACCGCUAUAAUCAAGUCUGCUGUUAAAGACCUUGAAGCCAACAUAAAGAUCAUUGAGGAGGGCUUCCAGAGAGACCCAGAUCCCGGUGUGGGCCAGCUGCUGAAGGAGAGGAGGUUGGAGUUGAGCUCCUUCCUGCAAGAGAGAGUGAAAGGAGCUCUGGUCAGGUCCCGUUUCCUCCAGUUGAAGGACAUGGAUGCCCCAAGCUCGUUUUUCUUCAACCUGGAGAGAUCGGUGGCGCAGAGGAAGCGGAUGACCUGUCUGAAGCUCCCAGGAGGCAGGAUAACCACUGACCAGAGGGAGAUGAGGACCCAUGCCAUGGGCUUCUACGCUGCUCUUUUUGGGGAAGAGCAAUCCUGUACGGAGAGCAGUAGGGAGCUCCUGGAGGGUCUUCCCCAGCUCAGUCCAGCAGAGAGGGCUAUGCUGGACGGAGAGCUGACACUGGAGGAGCUGACGGUUGCAGUGAACCAGAUGGCUUCAGGAAAGACUCCGGGAAUCGACGGUCUCUCUCAAUCGACGGAUUUCUUUAAGAAAUUCUGGAACAUUAUCGGUUCUGACUUACACUCUGUUUUGUUGGAAUGUUUUAAAACAGGAUCACUUCCUGUUUCAUGCCAGCGGGCGGUACUCUCCCUGCUGCCCAAGAAGGGCGACUUGGCCCUUCUUAAGAACUGGAGACCAGUGGCCCUUCUUUGCACAGACUAUAAGGUGCUUUCCAGAGCCUUAUCCAACAGACUAAGAGACUACCUGGAAGUGGUUGUAAAUAGUGACCAAACGUACUGUAUCCCAGAUAGAACAGUUAUGGACAAUAUUUUUCUCAUCCGUGAUGUGCUUGAUGUGUGUAAAUUCCACGAUGUCGAUGUAGGUAUUGUCUCACUAGACCAGGAGAAGGCUUUCGACAGGGUGGGUCACGCAUAUCUGUUUUCUGCACUCAGGGCUUUUGGGCUUGGUGAUGGGUUCUUGGCUUGGGUGGGUUUGCUGUACAGUGGUGCUGAAUGUAUGGUCAAAAUGGGAGCUGGCCUGAGUCGACCGAUCCCUGUACAGCGAGGGAUAAGGCAGGGUUGUCCUAUCUCAGGGCAACUAUACAGCCUCGCUUUUGAGCCUCUGUUGUGCAGGCUGAGAAGUCGGCUCAGUGGUCUGUCACUGCCUGGGUCCUCCAGUCUUUGUAGUCCCCUCGCUGUGUCUGCGUAUGCUGAUGAUGUAAACAUCUUCAUCAGGGACCAGGGAGAUGUUCUA